AUGCAAUCACUCGUCCUUCCCCCUUCUUCCUACAUCACUACAGAAUUCGGUCAUCCAAGGUUUAAUCCCGGCCAGGAGCGGCUUUCUCUUAAUCUCCAUCGGUCGACCAAUGCUCGAAGGUACACGCCUCGGGAUUUACCGCCCCCUCGCUCUAUGUCCGGUCCGGUCCCAGCAGAGGACUCCCUGGAGACUUCUGGCACCGCGAGGCGGCCCGGACAUCCUGAGCUCUUUCAACCAGUAUCAUCCGCAAGCGUGACAGCGCCGACGACAACACCUAUUGCGAUUUCCGGCUCUCAGCUUCCCUCGGGCUCCGUGGGUGCUGUGGCUGUCUCGGAACCGGCAGUGCAGCGCCUGGUUUCCGCCCCUGGGGAGGAAGCGCUACGGCAACCGCUGAGUGUUGGCGAUGCAUUUCCUUCAGCACGACUUCCACCUUCUUUAGGAGCCCAGGCUCUAUCGCAAUCUUCAGUGGCUGCAUACGUGCAACCCUCGUUCGCAUCGUCGCCCCCCGAAGCUUCUAGCCGCCCGCUAGCGCAAAAGCCAACGAGACGCACAAAAGCACAUGUCGCAUCGGCGUGUGUCAACUGCAAGAAAAAGCACUUGGGCUGCGACCCAGCACGGCCCUGUCGGAGAUGCGUUCUAUCAGGAAAAGAGGUAAGUGCUACCUGUGUAGAUGUCACGCAUAAGAAGCGAGGGCGACCGCCGUUGAAGGCAGAAGAAGCAUCGCUCAGAACGUAUGCCGCACAGCUGGAUAGAGCAGCGGUCGGGGAGCACCAUGGCUCUCAAUCGAGAAGAACGCAUAUGCAUCGAGCCACCUCCUCGCGAGAAAUACGUCCCGUGACAGACUUGCAGAUGAUUAGGGGUCAAGCAGGGACAAUGGCCAUGGGGGCCUCGUCAGGACAACCACAUCGAUGGUCGGCUUCGAUGUAUCCCCAAGCCCUCGAUCCCGCUAUGACAAUGCAACGAAGCAUUGGCCAUCGGAGAUUUUCCUCCUCUGGAUCAGUGCAGUCGAUGACGGCAACAUCGCCACCCAGCUAUGUCUCUCUGCCAGCUGGGUACAAUCCCGUGAUGGGAGUGGGUCGCAUGUCCACGGGAGCUGGAAGGCCAUUGUCCGCUUACACCCACCAGGCCUUAAACCCUGCUACGACACCACCGCAGUAUCAACACGCAUUCUUACCGAUGUCACCUUACUCGGAGGCCCCGAGAAUGGUAAACCGGGCGCCGAUGGGAGAGAUGCCAAUGGGAAGAGAUCCUCGCGAAGGGUACGGGGAGUCGCCGGUGAGACUUCCUCCAAUAUACGCGCCAACGAUGGCCACUCCGGUUUCUAUGUCACAAAGUCAUCGUGGAAGCAGCGAUCCAUACAAUGCCAUAUGGUCGUCGCCCAUGCGAGAGGAGUUUUUACAAGAGCACCGCCAACAUAUGCCGCCACAUGGAUUUAUCGAGCCGAUUUCACCGAGUAGUCAGAUGCGUCCGGGAGGGUCAGACCCAGGAUACUUGGACCCAGCAAUACGCCAAUUGGGGUCUAUGGCUCCGGCUACAGAAGGACAGUCGCUGCAACUUUCCCCGCCGCAAGCUCAAACGGAGCAAGAGGGCGCUGAACCAACCCUUGAAGAUUCAAGACCAGCCAAGCGGAGAAAGAUGGCCUUGAAUGACAUGGUCAAUGACUGAACUGCCGCCAUCAUGUCCUUUCUUUGAAGUCGGGGUUUUUCUUCAUAUCGGGGAGUUUCAUUCGGACAGGCUCGGUUCUUGUAGCGGGCCUACAAUGGAGACGAUCAUGACGCACUUUCUUUUGUGAUAUGAUUCGGUCUCACUUACGAUCUCUUUUCUAUUUUCUGUUUAUAUUGACCAUUUCCCCCUUUCCUUCUCUUUCUUAUGUCGUUCGCAUCUCAGCAUACUGCUUUUCCAGCGCAAGCGCGCCGCUCGUCUAGUCACGACCUAUUUUCCUUUGUUUUUUUCUGGAGCGGCAUGACUGAUUGGAACUCGAAUAGUGUGUUUCAUAUA